AUGGUGAGUAUAAUUAUUAGUUUAGUGUCAUUUAAAUUUUUUUCAAUCGGUUUGACCCUAAAAUUCAUGGUAAUCAUUUUUAAAUUUUUUUAGGAUUUAUGAUAAAUUAUUUUAUUUUCUUGCUUUGGUAUCUAAUUUUGUGUAAUUUUCAAUUUUCUCUCUCAGUUCGAACGGAGAGACAGUUUUUCUUAGAAAUUAAUUUCAAGAAAUAAAACAUUUUUUUGUGGUUUCGCAAUUUAUGUUUAGUUGCGAAAUAAAUGGCCUAAUAUUCGAAUCUUUGACCCAGCUCGAGAAUCUUGGUUGCAAUUUAAAGGUAGAUUUUUUCUAAACAAAAAUCUUGUCGAAUUGAUUUUAGUUUAUUAACUUUUUUAUUUCCACGCUGGCUUGUUUGAAGGAGUAGAAAAAGGGUUUCGGACAAAAAAAAAACAGUCCUUCGCUUCUUGGCUUAUUUUUUUGCCUCUAUAAAGUAAAAAAAAUUUUGGAAAAAGUUAACAAUGAAAAAAAAAAAAACAGAAAUAUUUCCGUUAAAACUAAAUAUUUUUUUCAGGUGAACUUCACUAUCGAUGAAAUCCGCGCCCUCAUGGACCGCAAGCGGAAUAUCCGCAACAUGUCCGUCAUCGCCCACGUCGAUCAUGGAAAGUCUACUCUGACGGAUUCGCUUGUUUCGAAAGCCGGUAUCAUCGCCGGAGCCAAGGCUGGAGAAACUCGUUUCACCGAUACCCGCAAGGACGAACAAGAACGUUGUAUUACCAUCAAGUCCACGUAAGUUUAAGCAAUCAUUUCGAUGUUAAUUUUUAACAAUUAUAAUUUCCAAACUUUAGCGCCAUCUCUAUGUUCUUCGAGCUUGAGCGCAAGGACAUCGACUUCAUCAAGGGCGAAACUCAAAUCGAAACAGUGGAAGCCGAUGGAAAGAAAGAAAAGUUCAACGGUUUCUUGAUCAAUUUGAUCGACUCUCCUGGCCACGUCGACUUCUCUUCUGAAGUAACUGCUGCUCUUCGUGUCACUGAUGGUGCUCUCGUUGUCGUCGACUGCGUCUCCGGUAAUAUUAUCAAUUUUUCUUUAUUGAAAGUUUCUCGUUCAGGUGUCUGCGUCCAAACCGAAACUGUGCUUCGUCAAGCUAUUGCUGAGCGCAUCAAGCCGAUCCUUUUCAUGAACAAAAUGGAUCGCGCUUUGCUCGAGUUGCAGCUCGGAUCAGAGGAGCUUUUCCAAACUUUCCAGGUGAAUGAAACCGGCGAUUUUGCGAUAACUUCUCUAUCUUUACAGCGCAUCGUCGAAAACAUCAACGUCAUUAUUGCCACUUACGGAGACGAUGACGGCCCGAUGGGAGCUAUCAUGGUCGAUCCUUCUAUCGGAAACGUUGGUUUCGGUUCUGGACUCCACGGCUGGGCCUUCACGCUCAAGCAGUUCGCCGAAAUGUACGCUGACAAGUUCGGCGUGCAGGUAAUAGAAAACAAAUGUGUUUUAAGCAUAAAAAUUACUUCAGGUUGACAAGCUCAUGAAGAACCUCUGGGGAGAUCGUUUCUUCGACCUGAAAUCUAAGAAGUGGAGCAGCACUCAAACUGAUGGAUCUAAGAGAGGAUUCAACCAGUUCGUGUUGGACCCUAUCUUCCAAGUCUUCGAUGCCAUCAUGAACAUCAAGAAGGACAAGGUUGCUGCUCUCACUGAGAAACUCGGAAUCAAGCUUGCUAUCGACGAGAAAGAUCUUGAAGGAAAGCCGCUGAUGAAGGUUUGAGUGUUUUUUGUUAGUUUUGAAAGCAUAUCGAAGUUCAGGUUUUCAUGCGUAAGUGGCUUCCUGCUGGUGACACCAUGCUUCAAAUGAUCUGCAUUCACCUGCCGUCUCCUGUGACUGCUCAGAAAUAUCGUAUGGAGAUGCUCUACGAGGGACCUCAUGAUGACGAAGCCGCUGUCGCCAUCAAGACUUGCGACGCCAACGGACCGCUGAUGAUGUACGUGUCGAAGAUGGUCCCCACCUCUGACAAGGGCCGAUUCUACGCUUUCGGACGCGUCUUCUCUGGAAAGGUUGCUACUGGAAUGAAGGCCCGCAUCCAGGGUCCUAACUACAUUCCUGGCAAGAAGGAGGAUCUGUACGAAAAGACCAUUCAACGUACUAUUCUGAUGAUGGGCCGGUACAUCGAACCUAUCGAGGAUAUCCCGUCCGGAAACAUCGCUGGACUUGUCGGAGUCGAUCAAUAUCUCGUAAAGGGAGGAACCAUCACUACCUACAAGGAUGCCCACAACAUGCGUGUCAUGAAGUUCUCCGUUUCUCCUGUCGUGCGUGUUGCCGUUGAGGCCAAGAAUCCUGCUGAUCUGCCGAAGCUGGUAAAUUUAAAAUUGCCUUACUUUAUCCAUUUUUAAAUUUUUAGGUCGAAGGCUUGAAGCGUUUGGCCAAGUCUGAUCCCAUGGUGCAAUGCAUCUUCGAAGAAUCUGGAGAACACAUUAUUGCUGGUGCUGGAGAACUCCAUUUGGAAAUCUGCCUCAAGGAUUUGGAAGAGGACCACGCCUGCAUUCCUCUCAAGAAAUCAGACCCCGUCGUCUCUUACCGUGAAACUGUCAGCGCCGAAUCUAACCAGAUCUGCCUUUCCAAGUCGCCAAACAAGCACAACCGUCUUCAUUGCACAGCCCUUCCUAUGCCUGACGGUCUUGCUGACGACAUCGAAGGAGGAACUGUCAACGCUCGAGAUGAGUUCAAGGCCCGUGCCAAGAUCCUCAACGAAAAGUAUGAAUAUGACGUCACCGAAGCUCGCAAGAUCUGGGCUUUCGGUCCUGACGGAACUGGACCCAAUCUCUUGUUCGAUGUCACCAAGGGAGUGCAGUACCUCAACGAAAUCAAGGACUCCGUUGUUGCUGGUUUCCAAUGGGCGACUCGCGAAGGUGUGCUCGCCGACGAGAACAUGCGCAGUGUCCGCUUCAACAUUCACGACGUCACUCUUCACGCUGACGCCAUCCACAGAGGAGGCGGUCAAAUCAUCCCGACGGCUCGUCGUGUCUUCUACGCCUCAGUUCUCACUGCACAGCCCCGCCUUUUGGAGCCGGUGUACUUGGUGGAAAUUCAGUGCCCAGAAGCCGCUGUUGGAGGUGGAUUUUUGAAAAUAAUGUGUCAAAAAAUAUAGUAAUUGUUUUCAGGAAUCUAUGGUGUGCUUAACCGCAGAAGAGGUCACGUUUUCGAGGAGUCGCAAGUCACGGGUACUCCGAUGUUCGUCGUUAAGGCUUACCUUCCUGUCAACGAAUCUUUCGGUAAAUGAUGUUUUACUUAUGGGGAAUAAAAAAUUUUUAGGUUUCACCGCCGAUCUCCGCUCCAAUACUGGAGGUCAAGCUUUCCCUCAAUGCGUGUUCGAUCACUGGCAGAUCCUUCCCGGAGACCCGCUGGACGCGUCGAGCAAGCCUUACCAAAUUGUUCUGGACACCAGGAAACGAAAGGGACUCAAGGAAGGAAUCCCAGCCCUCGACAACUAUCUCGACAAGAUGUAA